CACGUGCCUCUCACCGCCAUCUCCUCUCUCUCCCCUUCUUUGCUUCCCUCUCGCACACCCCAUCCUCACGCGUCCGGUCCAACAUGCCGCUUCUGCACUACCCGCCGAUGCCGCGCUCCGCCGAAGAGAUGCUCAAUCCCGUCUUCAGCGGGCACAUGGCGGCGUACAUCCCCGGAGACGGGCCAGCACCAACGCCCGAGUCAUACGUGCCGCCGGACAAGCCGACGCUGCUGUUCCUCCCCUCCGAGAUGCUGCAGACGGCCGUCGUGUACGACUCUCUCGCCUCGUCGCCGGCGUUCGCCGCCUUCAACGUCCUCCUCUACGAGUUCGGCGUGCAGGUGCCGGAGCACGCACUGUCGCUCGCUGCCGCACCUACCGCACUGCCGCCCGAUGCCGUCUCGUUUGUAGCGCAGGACAUUCUCGCUGCGUUGCGCACGCUCGCGUACCUGCCAAACGACGAGGAGCUGGCGCAGGGAGUCAAGAGCGAGAAGCUGCAUCUCGUCGGGUGCAGCAUGUCGGCCAUGUCGACGCUUGUCAUGGCAGCGCUGCUUGGCGACGUCGUCGAGACAGUCAUGCUCAUUUCGCCGCUCGCACUCGGACUCACCGCUCAUACGUCGUCUCCCGCGCAGGACGAGCAGCUGGCACGCGACGUCGACGAGGUCUUCGACGAGUGGUGGCACUACCGUCGCGAGGCACGGGCGUUCUGGAAGGCCGACGAUGCAAGCGGAGCGGGGCAACUGGAGCUCGAGAAGAAUGCUCAUCGCCUGGUGCUGCCGAGAGGCGCAUCGGACGGCCUUAGACAUCACUUCAUGAACGAGCAUCCUUGGCCCCGUCAUCUCGAGUCCCUCAUUCUCUCGCAUUGGUGUUCUCGCUGGGUCGUCAAGGCGCACGAGUGGAACGAGAUGCGCGCACUCGUGCAGCUUCUUGAGGCGGAACGGAGCCGUGGAGGGCCGGCGUGCCCUGCUAGUCUGGCGGACGUGAAGGCGAGGGUGCUCGUCGUUGCAGGCAGCGAAGUGGAGCGGGCGUGGAAAGAGAGCAUUCCGGCACUGCAAGCGGCACUCUCGAACGCAGAGUUCCGUCUCGAGACGCUCGAGGGCGCGCCGAUGCUCGUGUGCGUCGCUGAGCGCUUCUCUGGGCGCGUGCGCGAGCUGCUCGCACAGCACCUCUCGCCUGAUGACGUCCAAACGCAAGUCGCCGCAAGGAGGAGCUCGUCAUUGCAGCUCGACAUGCAGCAGCAGCUGCAGAAGACGCUUGAGGCGGCCGAGACAAGCGUCUGCGCGGACGAGAAGGAGGACGACGAGUUCUUCCUCGUCGCCGCCGAGCGCCCGCAGAUGACACGUCCGCUGUCGGUCGACUUCAACAUCGUCGAGCACGUCACCACCGAGCACGCCGACGAGCGCGGCUUGUGACGAGCUGCCCGGAUGUUUCGUGCGGCGCGAGUCUUUUCUUC